AUGAAGUUCACUAUCGCUACCCUGGUCACCAUCGCCGUCUCUGUUGCCGCGAUGCCCUCCGUCCAGGGACACAAUCCCUCCAAGCAGAUCACUCUCGCCCAGGCUCAAGGACUCUGCCAAUCCGGCAAAGUCGCAUGCUGCAAUCCCAAGAAGGACAUUCAUGGCGACGGAAUUAUUGGCAACCUUCUUGCCGAGGGUCUCUUGAACAACUUGCUUGGUGUCGGCGACUCCGCCUGUGCCUCCCAGAGUCUGAUCAAGAACCUCAACAUUCUCGGUUUCACUGAGGAGGGUAACGAGGGAACAACCUGCAAGAACACUAUUGCUUGCUGCCCCACUGGCGAGGAUUGCAGCGCCAUCGAGGCUUAG